AUGGAACUAGGACUUGGAGACUCUACUGCAUUGUCCCUCUGCCUCCGGCCUAGGUGGCAGUCUCCUCUUUUCUCUCUGCAGCCAGCUUUGUGGCCAACCCUAGCUGUUCUUGUCCUACUGAGCAGCGUCACAGAGGCCUCCCUGGACCCCAUGUCCCUCAGCCCCUCCGCUAGCGAUGGUCCCUCGCCGGUCAUGGCGCCCCCCACCGGCCACCUGCCUGGGGGACGCACUGCUCACUUGUGCAGCGAAAGAGCCCUGCCACCACCGCCACAGUCUCCCCAGCCGGCACCCCCGCCGCCAGGUCCCGCGCUCCAAUCUCCUCCCGCUGCGCUCCGCGGGGUACGCGCCGCGCGUGCAGAGACCCGGAGCAGCCGCGCGCGGGCCACGGAUGCGCGCGGCUGCCGCCUGCGCUCGCAGCUGGUGCCGGUGAGCGCGCUCGGCCUGGGCCACAGCUCCGACGAGCUGGUACGUUUCCGCUUCUGCAGCGGGUCGUGCCGCCGAGCGCGCUCCCCGCACGACCUCAGCCUGGCCAGCUUACUGGGCGCCGGGGCCCUGCGAUCGCCCCCUGGGUCCCGGCCAAUCAGCCAGCCUUGUUGCCGGCCCACUCGCUAUGAGGCUGUCUCCUUCAUGGACGUGAACAGCACCUGGAGGACCGUGGACCACCUCUCCGCCACUGCUUGCGGCUGUCUGGGCUGA